AAAGAUUCGCUCAACGCCAGUUACGAGACCGUGGUCAGGCGUUGGCCUAUAAUCAUCACUGGCGUAAUCGAUGACGUUCACCAAGCAUGCCAUCUUCUCUCGCUCGAAGGCCAGAAAGCGUCGGACUCGUCUACGAAGUCAGACGAGGGUAAGGAGAUCAUCGCAAAAAUCAGCAAGUUAAAGUAUCAGAUGGGGAGGGAUCACCCUUUAGACCCUCUCCCCGACGACGGCGGACCGCAUAUUACCACCUAUAACGAUGAGUUAAUGGCCUUGGAAAAGGACAAGAAAAACACCUGGUUUACGGCUCCGUGGCUUUUUGCAGAGUGUUAUUUAUAUCGCCUUAUACGUUCUUUUUUCGCUCAAACCGAGCACUGGGGCUCUUAUGACCCUUUCAAAAAACAAAAGGUCAAGACUUUCCAACAAUCUGGGGCAUCCAUCCUUCAAAUUGCAAGCUCUGUCUACGAAUUGGACGCCGUUGAGGACGAGUUGAAGUCAGAUCCCCAGAAGCUCGAGGUACUUUUUACGGAAAUGAUGCAAAUGUGCCUAUGGGGGAAUGCAACCGACUUGUCCUUGUUAACCCACAUUUCUCAGGACGACAUCAAACACUUACAAUCCGUAGGCAAACAUGCUCAAGCUGCAAGAAAACAAUUCAUCCUGAAAGAUGAUCAAGCUGAAGUUUGGAAGCACGUACAAUCUCUGCGUGAUGCUCGCGUCGAUUUCGUUCUUGACAAUGCUGGCUUCGAGCUAUUCACUGACCUAGUAUUUGCCGAUUUUCUCGUGACCUAUACUCCGAAUGUUUCGCGAGUGUGUUUCCACCCAAAACUUAUCCCUUGGUUCGUUUCCGAUGUAACGCCUCACGAUUUUGUGCAAACCUUUGCGUUCCUUUCGGACGGGCCCUUUGCUCACCUAGAAUCCACUGAUCUUGCUUCUCCCGCGCACCUGAAGCACAUGGUGUCACGAUGGCAGAAGUACCUUGAACAAGGUAUUUUCUCCCUUUCGGUCCCGGUUGAUACGCCUCUAGGAGGCUCGACGGAUUCUACAAUGGCCGAAUUCUGGUCCACGCCACAUCCUUACUGGAAUAUGAGGGACUUGGAUUCUGGGUUAUACGAAGAACUCGUGGGGAGUGGACUGGUCAUCUUCAAGGCGAUAAGUUACCGGUUACUGCUACGGGAUGUUGCGUGGCCUGCAUGGACCUCUUUCGAAUCAGCACUAGGCCCCCUCGCAGGUUCAUUCCCGUUGUUGAGUCUGAGGACCAAUAAGGCGAAUGUUGUUGUCGGGGUAGACAGAAACACCGUUGAACGUCUCGAGAACAGCGGGGAAAAGUGGCGUGUUGAUGGAAGAUAUGCCCUCAUCUCAUUUCUUCCAUCAAAGUGA